AAAUUAGCUGAGGGGUCCGAAGCAGUCUGAAGUUAGCAGUAAUUUUUGUGACGUUUUGUGUUACCUCUAAAUAUUCCCCAAAAAUCACGAUUUUCCACUUGAAAAAUCAUUAAAAGAUACUAAAUUUUCGUCAAUAACUCCGUAACAAAACAGUAAUCCAUUUAAAAUCACCCCAAGUGAAACAAAACCCAUAAAAAAAUAACGUACCAAAGAUCCGCCCCAAACAUAACCUCACUUUCACUUCAUAACCCAUCGGGAAACAAUUAUUUCGAUUUAAUUUGGAAGGCACAUAAGAUGACUGAUACAAGCGAUUUAGAUCGACAAAUCGAACAGUUAAAAAGAUGCGAAAUUAUUCGUGAAGCGGAAGUUAAAGCUUUAUGUGCUAAAGCACGGGAAAUUUUAGUCGAGGAAAGUAAUGUUCAACGUGUUGAUUCACCUGUAACGGUUUGUGGAGAUAUACAUGGGCAAUUUUACGAUUUGAAAGAAUUAUUUAAAGUCGGAGGAGAUGUUCCGGAAACUAAUUAUUUAUUUAUGGGGGAUUUCGUUGAUAGAGGUUUUUAUAGCGUUGAGACGUUCUUAUUACUAUUGGCAUUAAAGGUUAGAUAUCCAGAUCGUAUAACUUUAAUAAGAGGCAACCACGAAUCAAGACAAAUCACUCAAGUUUAUGGUUUUUACGAUGAGUGUUUAAGAAAAUAUGGGUCAAUCACUGUUUGGAGAUAUUGCACAGAAAUUUUUGAUUAUUUAUCUUUAUCCGCGAUUAUUGAUGGAAAGAUUUUUUGCGUUCACGGUGGGUUGUCUCCUUCGAUACAAACGUUAGAUCAAAUUAGAACGAUCGAUCGUAAACAAGAGGUACCUCACGAUGGUCCGAUGUGUGACUUAUUAUGGAGUGAUCCUGAAGAUACGCAAGGUUGGGGUGUUUCACCUCGCGGUGCUGGAUAUUUAUUUGGAUCGGAUGUUGUGGCUCAAUUUAAUGCUGCCAACGAUAUUGAUAUGAUAUGCAGAGCUCAUCAGUUGGUUAUGGAAGGUUAUAAAUGGCAUUUUAAUGAGACUGUUUUGACUGUUUGGUCAGCUCCAAAUUAUUGUUAUCGGUGUGGAAAUGUGGCUGCUAUUCUUGAAUUAAACGAGCAUUUACAAAGAGAUUUUACAAUAUUUGAGGCUGCCCCCCAAGAAACGAGGGGAGUUCCAUCGAAGAAACCUCAAGCGGACUAUUUCCUUUAGAAAGUUAACCUAAAGAUUAUUAUUAUUAAAAAAAGAAAUCAUGAAAGUUAAAAAGCAAAUUUUGGUUAAAUUUUUUUGGGAAAAAUUAAUAAUAAUAAUUUUAUUACCGUAUAUUUUGUAUUAAUAGUUUGUAAGUUUUGCGUUUCUUUUUUGUCGUUUUCUCUCUUUGCGAAGGAUUAUAGAUAAAGAGAUUAAUUUAUAUGAGUAAAAUAAGAAGUAGGAGCCGCUAAAAUUCAGUCAAUACUGCCACAAGAAUUAAAUAAGUUGAGAAAUCUCCAGUAAAUGAUGAAUAUACAUGAUACAUGAAAAAAUAUUAAUAAGCGGAUGGAAACAUGUAAAAUCCGGCGAUUGUACAGUUAAGUUUAGUUAGUUAGGUGUUUAUUAUCGAAUUUUGUAUCUUAAAUAAAUUUCUUAAACUCAAAA